GAACUUGUAUUAUGUAGCAGCUGAAAAAACAGAUAGUUUUGUUUGCUGAAAUAAUAUCUGGUUUAAAUCUCCUCCUACAAGGAGGAUCCUGUAUAGGAAGAACCAUAAUACAGGAUACAAAGGAGGAUUGAUGGCAUAUGCAUGUUACAAAGGAGGGGCCUAUAAACUUCAUGAGAAUGACCACGCCCUUUGACUUUAUUGCAUCACGCAUCAAUUAUAUGAUACCAAUUAUAUGACACGUCAUUCUGCUCUGCACAACGAGUGAGUAAUCAUAAUGGAGACUUUAAUUGCCUUUAAAUUUAUAUCAGCCGUGUUCUUAUUUCUGGAUAUAUUGAAGGAAACAAUGAAAAAGAUAUUAGCAGCAGAGGAGGCUGUUCAAAUUGAGAACCCUGGUCACGAACAUGUAUAUGCAAACAGUGUCAACUAUUACUCCUGUGAUGACCAAAAUGAUAACGAACAAAAUGGUAAUGAACAAAAUGGUUUAGAAGGCCAGGACCUUGAAAGUACAUGUACAUGUACAUAUACUUUUACACCUACAGAUACUGAAGACCUUACUAUUUCAAUUGAGGGAAACCAGAACUUAGAAAAGCCCUUCUCUCUAAACCUCUUCCUUUAUUCUGUCUUUGUUUUCCUCUCAUCCUAUGUGCGUUCUAUGUUUAACUCCAGCAAACCUGAGCUCCAGGUUGAAGAUGACGGCAGUACAGGCACUAGCAUUGACAGUGAAGAAGAAGACUUACCUCUUCCUGAAACAGAAUGGCCUUCUCCUAUACAACAAGCUCCAAAUUACGUAACUGAUGAUUCCCGAAAGAGUAAAGGAACAUCAGGAUUUGAUAAAAAGAGUCGUACCAAAAACUUAAAGAAUUUUUCAGGAUAUGAAAAAGAAGAGACGGAGCACAUCAAUGCAAGCAUCUUGAGCACUGAAGAUGACAAUAUGUUUCCUUUAUCUUUACAAGACUUACAAGCAUAUUUUGAGACUAGCCAGGAGUGGGUUGUAAAUAAUAUUCACACUAUUCCUCCUCAUGGUACCAGUGAUGAAUUAGUCAUGCCAAUCCUUCAUGUAACUCCGUCAAAACCUCCUAAGACUUCAAUAUCUGAUCCGCCUCCGUCUCAUUAUAGCGACCCACCAUCGGAUAAACCGAUUACUACUGAGUCAAAUGUCUACCAACAGGAAGGAGGAAUGGCUGCUUUGGUUCUACCAUCCAUUCAUUGGGAAACACUGCAACAAAUUUAUAAUGAUCACAGUGAACUUGUCGUGCCUCCUGAAACGUUUUCUAAGCAUGAAGAAGAUUCAUCUGAGCUUUCUUCAGAUAAUGAAUAAAAGUGUGACUUGCUGUAGUAGAUUAUAAGUAGUGUAGUUUGUGUAAUAUGUGUAUAGUGAACAGCUGAAUUAAUAAUUAGGAGUUAAGACUAAUAUUUUUUCUUAGUUAAUAAUGUACUGUACAUGCAUAGGCACUUAUUGUAAUACUGCUGCUAUAUGUUUUUUAUUUUUACUAAACCAGAAAAA